UUGGUUGAUUAGCAGCAAAAUCAAAACCCACUCUCUAGUGAGGUCUUUGGAAUCAUGGGGUCUCCAAUGGCCUCUAUCAUUGCCACCAUUUUGGUGGCAACACUCUCUCUAAGCUUCCCAUCGGAAACCUCAGCAAACUACCCUUACCACUCUCCUUCACCUCCAAAGAAAUCCCCACUACCGCCUGUCCACCCUCCAUCUUACCAUUAUAAAUCUCCUCCUCCUCCAGUUUACUCUCCACCCCCAUCACCACCUUACAAGUACAAGUCCCCUCCACCUCCUCCUCCAGUUUAUAAGUAUAAGUCUCCUCCACCCCCUCCUCCAGUUUACUCUCCUCCACCACCCAAAAAACCUUACAAGUACAAGUCUCCUCCACCUCCUCCACCAGUGUACAAGUAUAAGUCUCCUCCACCUCCUCCUCCUGUGUACUCUCCACCCCCACCACCACCUUACAAGUACAAGUCUCCUCCACCUCCCCCACCAAUUUAUAAGUACAAAUCUCCUCCACCCCCUCCACCAGUAUACUCUCCACCACCUCCCAAGAAACCUUACAAGUACAAGUCCCCACCACCUCCUCCACCAGUAUAUUCUCCUCCCAAAAGACCCUACAAGUACAAGUCUCCCCCACCACCUCCUCCAGUUUAUAAAUACAAGUCUCCACCCCCACCACCACCAGUGCACAAAUCACCACCACCACCAGUGAAGCCCUACAAGUACAAGUCUCCUCCACCACCUCCUCCAGUCUACAAAUACAAGUCUCCACCGCCACCACCACCAGUCCAUAAGUCACCACCCCCACCCCCACCAAAGAAGCCUUACAAGUACAAGUCUCCUCCACCACCUCCUCCAGUUUACAAGUACAAAUCUCCACCACCACCACCACGCUACUAGACUAUGCUUACGAUUUCAUAGCUUCAAGUGAUUAUUGCAGGAAAGCAAUGCGAGAAUAAAGAAAGACGAGAUCAAACGUUGAUGCAGUGAGAAAAAAGAGUUUCCGCGUUUGCUGUAGUAUACGCUAUCUGUUUUCAGAAGUGGAAUUAAUAAAGGCGUGCAUGUUUGUAGGAUAAAAGUGUUUAAUGAUUUCAUGUAUUAGUUGGAAAAGUUGAUCCUGUUGAAAAAUUAUAUAUAAAUUAUGUCCUUUUCAACCUUCUCAAA